AGAGUGUAUGUCUGAAGAUGGAGGAUAUGGGGAUAAGCCAUAGAAUGGUUGCUGUAAAUGGAAUCAGAAUGCACAUAGCAGAGAAAGGUGAAGGUCCAGUGGUACUACUAGUUCAUGGAUUUCCAUCACUUUGGUAUUCAUGGAGACAUCAAAUUCUAUCUUUAGCUGCUUCUGGUUACAAAGCUGUAGCUCCUGAUUUACGCGGUUUCGGCGAUACUGAUGCACCCACUUCUCCACAAACUUAUACCUGUUUUCACAUAGUUGAGGAUCUUGUUGCUCUCAUUGACACACUGGGUCAAGAUAAGGUGUUUCUGGUAGGACAUGACUGGGGUGCAGUUAUGAGUUGGUACCUGUGCUUGUUUAGACCAGACAAGGUUGAGGCACUAGUGAACUUGAGUGUCGCCUUUACUCCCCGAAUCCCUUUUGUCAGACCACUUACGGUCUUACGAGCUAUAUAUGGUGAUGAGUACUAUAUGAUCCGGUUUCAGGAGCCUGGAGAGAUGGAAGCUGAAUUCGCGCGUGUUGGCACUGAAACAGUACUCAGGAAGUUUUUGAGCUACCACACUCCAGCUCCUCUUAAGAUACCUAGAGACAAAGGUUUCGCACCCGAAGGCCAAAUUACAUUGCCUUCAUGGUUAUCUGAGGAAGACAUUCAGUAUUACACUAGUAAAUACGAAAAGUCAGGCUUCACUGGAGGAUUCAAUUAUUACAGAAACAUAAAUGUAAACUGGGAAUUGACAGCGCAAUGGACAGGUUCACAGGUAAAGGUACCUGUUAAAUUUAUGGUGGGAGACCAGGAUUUGUGUUAUUAUAUGGCAGGUGCUAAAGCAUAUAUCCACAGUGGUUUAAUGAAGAGAGAUGUACCAUUUCUGCAAGAAGUAGUCGUUCUUAAGGGAGUUGGUCACUUCAUCAUGGAAGAACGAGCAGACGACAUCAGCUGCCACAUUAUCCAUUUCUUUGAAAAUUUCCAAAAUUUUGCUGUUCCAACUGGCCGAGUCGGGUUGUGUACUAUAUUCUAAUUAUAAUCCCGACUCAUAUAGUCAAAGUGCUUUCUGUUAGUGGUUUGUAAGAUAUUCUCAUUUCUGUUAGUACAUGUAUGCUAUAAAAAUUGUGAGAUUUCAGUAGGCGAUGGCCAUGGAUUUUAUUUCUGCUCAGAUUUUUGGUGCUGUGAUAUGUCGUAAUCGGUUUUCUAAAUUUCCUUUGUUGUUCAAAGCUGUUGUGUACAAGAAGGGGCUGAUUAAAUAUCAUUUACAUCAUGUUUGUUUAU